ACUGUCGACAGAAGUGCCUCUCAGGAAAGCGCUGGCAGCCCUCUGCUGUUGCCACACCUACGCUGGACAUGACGGCUGACUGGCUCACGCUAUGUGCGUCCCUGGCCGUCGUCGGUGCGCUGGCGCUCUUCCUCUGGUGGCGCCGUCACAGCCAGCACUUUGCCCGCCUCGGGGUGCCGUCCGUGCCGCCGCUGCCCCUCGUGGGCAACAUGCUGGACGUGGUGCUCUACAGGAAGUCCUUCACCGACAUCGUCCAAGACCUGUACCAGAAGCUCGACCCGUUUCCGUACGGUGGCAUCUUCUCCUUCACGAUCCCGGCAGUCAUGGUCAGAGACCCCGAACUGAUCCGAUCUGUCACCGUCAAGGAUUUCGACCACUUCACCGACCACAUGGACUUCUUUACGACUGACAAGGCCAAUCCCCUGCUAACGAGAAUGCUUUUCGCUUUGAAAGGGAAGGAGUGGCACGACAUGAGGACUACUCUGAGCCCAGCCUUCACCUCUAUGAAGAUGAAAAACAUGUUCGUACUUAUAUCAGAGAUUGGGCAGCAGAUGGUCCGGCACCUAACGAAAGAAAUGGCAGAGCUGAGAAUUUGUUCCCAGAAGGAGAAGGUCCUAGCACUAGAGCUGAGGGACUUCUUCAGGCGUGUCACUAACGACGUGAUUGCGACUACAGCGUUUGGUGUCAAAGUGGACUCAUUGUCCGAACCUGACAACGAGUUCUUCACCACGGGCCGAGAUCUGUCCAAUAUCAGCCCAUUCGUCAGUUUCGGCUAUUUUAUAUCUGCAAGGAUGAUGGAGAUGCUGGGUAUUCCCUUCUUCAGUCAGAAGGCGGUGAGUUUCUUCAAGUCUUUGGUGGUAGAGACAAUUCAGACUCGAGAGAAGCAAGGAAUCAUCCGCCACGACAUGAUCCACCUGCUCAUGCAGGCGCGCCGUGGCGAGUUGGCACAUGAGGACGGGCAGAAGAACGGCACCGCCGAGGGGAAACGCAGGUAUCUCACGGACGAGGACAUAGCGGCCCAGGCGAUGAUAUUCUUCUUCGCCGGCUUCGACACCGUGUCCACUGCACUGACGUUCUGCAGCUACCUGCUGGCCACACACCAGGACGUCCAGAGGCGGCUGCAGCAGGAGGUGGACGAGCUGAUGCAGAAGAGCGGGGGGCAGCCCAGCUACGAGCAGGUCAUGGGCUGCCAGUACCUCGACAUGGUCUUCUCCGAAACUCUGCGCAUGUACCCUCCUGCGCCUUUCUUGGACCGAGAAUGCGUCCGCACGUACCGCCUACCAGCCACGGAUUCGUGCCCGAGCGUCGAACUGCGACCUGGAGACGGGAUCUGGGUGCCCGUUCACGGAAUCCACAACGAUCCCAAAUACUUCGCAGACCCUGACUGCUUCAGGCCUGAGCGCUUCACUCCGGAGAACAAGCAGCUCAUCGUACCGUUCACAUACUCUCCAUUCGGGUCAGGACCUCGUGUUUGUAUAGCCCAGAGAUUCGCUACCAUGGAGGCAAAAACUUUGCUGCUGUACCUCAUGUCCCAGUUUAAUAUAGAAGUUGUUUCCAAGACACUAAUUCCGUUAAAACUCGAUCCAGGCAAUAGUGUGUCGCUCUCUAUAAAGGGUGGUGCGUGGCUUGGCAUUCGACAGAGAUCCUAACACGUACAUCACUUUCAGCAGAACGAAGGAGAUCUCACAGUAUUGUUCAACUGGUAAUUCAGAGCACCAAGAGAUGCCUCCACACCGACAUCGUCCCUGUUCACAUAGAAAAAAGCGAUAAUCGCUAUUGUACGUCCAGUUAUUGACUUGAGUAUAGGAAACUUUAUGGUUCGGAUGCAAAAAGGGUAAAGUGGAACAGUUUUGAAAACAAAUAAUGGACUUUGUCAUAACGGUAGUUUUUGGAUGCUAUUCAAACUAAGACACUAAGAUGACUCCCAGUACAUGACUUGAUGACUCAGAACUCGUUCCAUACUUCGCAAAGGCUUUGGAGAAGGAGAUACGGCGCAAUCAACUGAUACCAAUCAUAUAUGAAUUGAGUUAUUCCUUUUCGAGUGUUACAGUCAGCAUUUAAACUAUGUUGUGAUGCAGGUAUAGUGUAUAAGGAAUCAUUUGUUCACGUCUUUUCUCAUGAUAUUCGUAUCUAAAACAAAAUAAAAAAUAGUGUUGUGAAACUGCAGCUAGAGUGUAUCUCAGUGAAACACCUGGACAAUGAUAAUGUAAACUCUCAACUUUAUUGCUGUCACAUUCAAUAAAUAGUUUUUAAAUUAU